UAUGGUAUGGGGAGGGGAGCUUAUACAUUUUGAAUGUUACAGACUUCUCACAAAAGCCAUGAAGGUACCGGGUAACUUGUCCAUCGUUAUGCGUUAAAUAGCCAGCUAGACUUAUCACCAUUCGUGGUUUCAUUUAAUUACCUUAAAUGGCCAGGUGUCUCCAUCCCAAGAUUGACCACGAAUCUCUAAGCGCUGCACCUUAUCCCCAAUCAUUGCCAUUCAGAGAGUGUCGCCACCAUUGCGUAAAAAUGGUGUCAACUCGGGGAUCUCUGCGGCUACUGGGCAGCGUCCGUCGGCGUCCAACCAGUUCUGGGAGGCUGCCGGAGGUAUAAAAUGAGACGGACACCGGGACGCCCCAUCAUUUGCAGUGAUCGAACCACCCAGCUCACUUCGUCAUGAAGCUGUUCGUUCUGUUCGCCCUGGUGGCCGUGGCUGCCUGCCAGUACGUUCCUGGCAGCGACAAGCAGGCCCAGAUCGUCAAAAACCUGUACGAGGCGGCCGUGGACAACAGCUUCGUGACCGACGUGGAGACCUCCAACGGCAUCCUGGUCAAGGCGUACGGCGAGAGCCUGCCGGGCCCCGAGCCGGAGACGGGCACCUCGCGCCAGAGCGGCAGCUACCAGUACGUCGCGCCCGACGGCCAGACGAUCCGCGUCGAAUGGGAGGCCGACGAGAGGGGCUACCGCGCCACCUCGGACGUCAUUCCCGAGGGAGCCGACGGCCGGGCGGCCGCCACCGGCGAGCAGCAGUUCUAGACGGGCGCCGAGCGACGGGCCGCGUCGGUACCGACAGCCGCCGACGCGCCGGAAUCGACACCAAGGAGCGCCCACCCGGACUCGAGAUGUAACGUGUGAUCCUGUGUAAUAUAAACGCCAAACGGCUUCUAUAUUCUGGCACAUUUGCGACUUGAAAUGGUUGCAAACUUCACCGUGCCUGGGUGAUCUUAUCAUCGCAUUCUGUUAUUUUCUAAUGACAAACUAUUUUCCAUCCAACCGCCUAUGUACAACAGCCUCACCUUCCCAUUUUCAUGUUUGUAUGCCAUUGAGUCAUGAAAUACAUGUCAACAACUUGA